CCUUGGAACCGGAAAUUCUUUGUAAAGAAAAGCAGUUGAACGCCGAAUAGUGUUGUUGACGUAGCGAUGUCAUCAAACUUGUUUAUACUCUACAACGUGCCAGUCUUAGCUUGUAAGGACAAUCUGGAUAGAGUCCACCGUGUUGUAGCACCUUAGCGCGCAGAGGGGACAGACGGCGCCAUUUUUGAACGAGAUGGAGGUUUCUUUGGAAUCAAUACAGAAUCCUGAUAUAAGCUCUGUCCUGUCCUCAUGCGAGCCUGAGCUGCAGGAGCUGAUGAGACAGAUUGACAUUAUGAUCAAUCAUCAGAAGAGGGAGUGGGAGGCUGAGCUCCACGCUCUGCAGCUCAGGGUCACCAGUGGAGAAGAAGAGCUUUUAACCUCCAAGACUACCAUUGAACGGAGGGAUCUGGAGAUUGGACUUCUUCACAAGCAGCUUGAAGCCAUUCAGACGGAUCGGCAAGAGUUGGUAUCCAAGUACGAACAACAACUAAAGAGACUCCGUGAAGAGUUGGACAAGUUGAAGAGAAGUUACCAGAAGCUUCAUCGCAAACAGCUUAAGGAGACAAGUGGAGGUGGAAAGGAGACUGAGCUUGCAAAGAAGCAUCAGCAGCGCUCUGAGCAGCAGCGAACUCUGUACCAAAACCAGCUGACCACACUGGAGCUCCAGAAUAAAAGCCUGAACCAGGAGCUUGCUCACUUAAAGAGCCAAUGGGCAUCGGGGCGGGUGGAGAGGGAACACAAGGAGUGCUGUUCAGAUGUGCAGCAUCUGCGUGCACAGCUGGAGAAGGCUCAGGCCAGCCUGCACUCACAGGAACUGGAACUGGAUCGCCUCAGACCGCUGGAGGUGCUGUUGGGACAGUCCCAGAGAGAGCAGCAGUUGCCGUCGGGGCAACGAGACAACCUCCACGCCGUGCUAGACUCCCGGGAUGCCUUUAUGCUCAGAGCCGAUCUUGAGCAGCAGAGAUUGUGUGAGGAAGCUGCUCGACUCACGCAAGUGCUGCAAGCUAAAGAUCAAGUCAUCCGCUCUCUGGAGGACUGUCUGUCAGCUCAGGGCUGUGCCGGUGUGGAAACUCUCAGGAAGGCUCUGGAGAGGACUACAGCCAAGCUUCAGAGUGCUCAGGUCUGUGAGCUCCAGCUGAAGGCGGAGCUCUCCUGUGUCAGAGAAAGGUUGGAGAACAUGAGCAGACAGCAGGACAACGCUUCAAAGAUGGAGCAGGAACUGAAAAAUGUGAAAGUGCACUGUGACUCCUCUGUCACAGAGAUCAAGAAGCUCAAAGAGGAGCUCCAGAGGACCAGGCAGACUCACAGUGGAGAAGCUGAGGGAACGAAAGAGGAGGUGUCAAAGUUGACGAGUGAGCUGCAUCAACGUGACCUCCCCAUCGCUGCUCUGAGCGGACCCUUGCCUAGCGUCAGGCAGCAGCUCCGAGGCGAGGUGACUCAGGCACAGCUGGAGACUUUACAAGCUGAGAACCAGCAUCUGAAAGGUCUGCUGCAGCGACUGGAGCCUCCCUCACCCAAGAGGGGGGGUUCCUUCCCAGAUUCUCUGAAGGAGAGCCUCAAGCCCUCCUUGAGGAGCCUGGAACAGGAAAAUAAUCAGUUAAAGAAGGUUCUCGCCAAGGAGCAGUCACAGCGUGACAGCUCAAAUCAGACACAUCGGGAGAAGUAUGAGAGCGCUCUGCUCAGCCACGCCAUCUCUGAGCAGCCACAGCAGGACCAGGACGGGCCUCAGGUGCAGGAUAAAGCCCAGAGCUGUGAGGGAGAAAUCCAGAGGCUCUUCAGAGAGCUGCAGAUGCUGUCCCCUACAAGGCAUGGAGACCAUUCCUCCUCCUCCUCUUCCUCCAGCAUCAGCACUAGACUGACCAGGAGGAACUCGGUGACAGCAUUAAGUCUCAAUGAAUCUGCUGCUGAGGGCCAAAGCUCAGGCUCAGAAGGCUCCGUGACACCAGGAUUCAAAGACAAAGAUCCUUCAUCAGUGUCGUCUGCACGCGGCAUGGUCACUCGUUUCUUAGAGGACGAGAGCUUACGGUCCGAGGAGCUGCUGCAGAGGCUGGACCAUCACAUCCUGGGGAUGAGAGAGCACAAUACCAGAACGGUGUCCAGAUAUCUGGCCGGUGGCUCGGGGCCUGAGGCUGAGCCAACAUCAGAGCAGAGUCAUUCAACUCCUCAGCUCUAACGUUGGUAACGAAUCACUGCAAAGUGUUUUAACUUCACAUCUUCAUCAGCCAGAGCGGACCGAGCGUCUGGUCUGAUUAACUUUGUCUACAUGAAUGUGUUUUUGACUCCUUUGGUCUUCCUUCAUCAGCAUAUUUACUUUGAACCAACCAUAAAAUAAAUGUAUUGAACAAAUAAUCAUUGCUAUAGUUUAUUAGUGCUGAACUAACUAAAGAAACAAAACUGGAACGGACAUUUUUCUUCAUCAGUCCAAGACAGAUGACUGGAAUGUCCCUUAUGUCUGUAAAUAUAUGUAUUAUAAAUUAUUCUGCUGAGAAACAAUUUAAAAAAUCAGAUUUCCUUUGGGUGGUUUAAGUGUGUGUGUGUGUGUGUGUGUGUGUGUGUGUGUGUGUGUGUGUGUGUGUGUGUGUGUGUGUCCUUUAGAUUGUUUUAAUGACCUUUGUUUAGUUUAUUUAUUCUUAAACGGCACCACCCAUUUUUUCCACAUCUAUUAAUUUUAUUGAAGGUAGUGAUUGUACGCGUUAGAGACUAAACAGAAGAUUUAAUAAUAAACCAAACCAGGUGAGGGCUUUUAUGUAAAUGCAUUAAAAUAAAAGUUUAAUUCCUUCUAAAA